GUACAAACAUACACACUCAUACACCCUCAUACAUGCAAUCCUGCUGACAGUACAAAAACAUGUUUUUUAUAGCGGAACACACCACCUGACUAACGCUAAAUUGCAGAAUUUGGAGCGACCUGCCUUUGGUGUUUCAGCAUACAUAGAAAUACUCAGUACUGAGUAGUAGCGUUUAGUACUGAUAAUGACGCCAGGAGCAUUGUGGAUUAUUACCAUGUCUGGGAUUUGUGUGAUCAUUCAGAGCUCAGCGGUUCAUCUAAGGAACAUGGAGCACUUUAUAACUGCUGUAACACACUUAGAAGAUUUAAACCCAGGACUAAGUCCACUGGCUUUAAUGACAAGUCUACGCAAGAUUACAGACCAAAGUGACAACAUCACAAAUGACUUUGUGGGAUCAUCUGACAAUAGAGAUGACAUUCACUACAAAAACAACACAGAGCAGCUGAAUGUAAACCACGAUCUCUUCAAUUUCUUGAAAGAAGUCACUCAUCAUUUCAUAUCAGAAGGUCAUGAAGAAAGGGGAGUUGUUCUGACUCCUGAUGGCACAACGGUUGCCCUUGCUCCUCUGGUUUUAGGUCUUGAAUAUGGGCUACAGGCUAACGAGAAUAAUAACCAGCCUCGUGGUUUCUAUCUACUCCCACUGGCCAAGUACUUAGGCAUGUCAUUUCUCCACGCAACUACAUCUGAGCGACUUGGCCCGGAUGGUUGUUGGGACAGUCUAUCUGCUCCCAUGGUUUUCACUCUUUUAGGCAUGCCUUCUUUGGCCACUGAUGCUGUGGUCCAUGGUGGAAUGGAUGGAGCCAUUCUUGGGAAGCACCUUUCUGUUGUUAACUGCUCUGAAGUAAAUUUAAGCACACUAUUGAGGAGCUACUAUUUAAGGACUAUGGAAGAGUUGGAUAAUGUCUCGGAUACUCAUCUGAUGGGCCGCUUUCGCAGACAUAAUUUUAAAAAGAUUACAAAACCAUCACUGCUUCAGGAGAUGGUAGCAGAAGCACUGCAUAGUCAUCCAGGAGACAUUGGGGUGGAGAGUCUAAUACAAAAAGGAAUUAAAGAUUUUGUGCUACGUUAUAUGGAGUGUCCUGCCAUUAUUCCAAGAUGUAUAUGGGGCGCAGCGCCACCUACGGUUUCUCUAGGCUCUCUGUCACCACCACUGCAAUUUCUGUAUAUUCACCACACACAUACUCCCAGCAAACCCUGUCGAAACCUUCAGACAUGUUCCAGAAAUAUGAGGGCGAUGCAACAUUUCCACCAGAAUGACCGGGGCUGGCAUGAUAUCGGCUACAGCUUUGUGGUUGGGUCUGAUGGCUACAUCUACGAAGGCCGAGGUUGGAUGUCAGUAGGGGCUCAUACUAAAGGACGCAAUACUGUUGGCUAUGGUGUUGCUUUCAUUGGGAACUACGCUGCUCAUUUACCCUCAAAACAUGACAUGGAGCUACUGCGCCAUCAUCUGGUCAAAUGUGGAGUGAGCAGGGGAUUUCUGCAGAAGAAUUUUACCAUUCUGGGACAUAGACAAGUGGUAGCAACCACUGCCUGUCCAGGGGAUUCACUGUAUUCCGAAAUAACAACCUGGGAACACUACAAAGAUACAGAUCCUUUGAAGUAACAAUGAAGACAUCUGCUGUCACUGACAUGACUGACAGUGCAAGACUGCUUUACAACCACAACAAUGAAACCCACUAAAUAGUAUGAGAAAUACUGUUAAUUUUUUCAUUUUAAAUAUAAUUUAAAAGUUAAAAUGUUGGGACUGAAAUGUAAGGUUAUUAGCAUAAAACAGAAAUAUUACUUUAGUAUUACUUUGUACAUUAGCUGGGAGCCUGUAUGAAAUCCUGAAAUGUCCCUGUAUGUAUGUGAGAAUUACAUGUGUAAAAAUAAACAAGGUGCUAUCUGAA